AUGAGGUUGAGUCAUUUACAAUGCACAGAGUCUUUUUACAAGGACAACAUCUUACAAGAAAUUAGUACUCAGAGAGUCAGCAACGAAGAGAAGAAGAAGAUUUUAGAGCUUUUAAAAAGAGUCGGGGGAGAAGAUAUUGGUGCUGACUCAGACGAUGAAGAAGUGGAAACUAAUGCUAAUGAUUUUGUUGAAAGAUUUCGAUCUAUGGACAUAGAAUCAGCAUCAUAUGAAACAAUUUGGAAUACAUUGACAGCUCAAGAGCGCGCCGAAUUCGAAAAACUUGUAUUAGACAAAUCGAGUGCACUUUUCCAGGAAAUACAUUUAUGGAAACCAUGGUGGGAACUAUCUGGUCUGAAUGAUAAGACAAUUCAAAAUCCAUUAAUCGUAGAGUUGGAUGAGAGCUUUCCCGACAAGGACAUAUCGUCACCAAAAAUUAUGAAAAUCACUAAGAAACUUGAAGAAUUGACUAACAAGCUACCCAAUCCAAUGAUUAUUUUCAAUCUUUUGAACAUAUUAUAUGCCUAUGUUUAUGGUUGUCGGUAUUUGAACGGCGAAUUAAGUGAAAACGUGCAUGAAACAUGCAAUCUCAUAUGGAGCCUGUCACCUGUGCUCGCAUUGAAUGAAGCUAUUGUCUACGAAAAUGUUUCUGAGGCUUUGGCUGCAGGCAUACAACUUUCUCGACAGAAAUAUAUGGAAUCACACGAAUUCACUUUAAUCUUACUCAAUGAUAUCAAUACAUUAUUGGCCGAUGUUGACAAUGUGCUUGCGGCGUUAUCAGAAAUAUAUAGUAUAUUCCAUACUUUAAGCACAGCUCGACAGACACAAGAGUCCAAACCACCUGUAAUACCACAUUCGCGGAAAGCGUUCUUAACCGAUAAAAAGGUCUAUUUCUAUUUUGCUUAUGUGCAAUCGCUGAAGGAAAAGGACGGGGCGAAAGCGUUCGACAUGUUGAAGACUCUAAUAAAAUCAGAAAAGUCAAACUUUGAACAACAAUUGAAGGAUCACGAGAUGCAACAGCAACAAGCUGAUGAACUCUUAAAGCGAAGAUCAACUCCUGCAACCGAAAAUUUUAUAACCGAAUUAUAA